AUGGCUUCCCCAAUCAUCACCCUGACCAGCUCCGAUGGUGUUGACAUUUCUGUCGACCGCACCGUUGCGGAGCGAUCCGUUUUGAUCAAGAACAUGCUGGAGGAUCUGGGUGACUCCGGCGAGGCCAUUCCUAUCCCCAACGUCAACGAGGCUGUCCUCAAGAAGGUGAUUGAAUGGUGUGACCACCACAAGAACGACCCUCCCACCGCCGGCGAUGAUGACGACACUCGUCGCAAGACUACCGACAUCGAUGAGUGGGACCAGAAGUUCAUGCAAGUCGACCAAGAGAUGUUGUUCGAGGUCAUCUUGGCUGCAAACUACCUCGACAUCAAGGCUCUUCUUGACGUCGGCUGCAAGACUGUUGCAAACAUGAUCAAGGGCAAGUCACCCGAGGAGAUCCGCAAGACAUUCAACAUUCAGAAUGACUUUACCCCCGAGGAGGAAGAUCAGAUUCGCCGGGAGAACGAGUGGGCCGAGGACCGCUAA